AUGGCCGACUCCAGUAAUGCUGGUCUACAACAAGACAGCAUCGCGGAUAGAUGGGUCAGGCACGAGGACGACUGGUCGGGUAUAUCGGAUACGAGAGAGAGAAGGAGGAUCCAAAAUCGCCGUAACCAGCGAAUCCUCAGGUCAAGGAGACGAAGGGAACUUGGCCCUAGUGGCGGUGACGGUGCGGAAGGCCAACAGCUUGUUCCGGCCCCCCAAACUUCAAACCCUCCGGCACAUUGGAGGUACGAGGUCUCUGAUAUGAGAGCCGUUAUGGUCGCUGUUGGGAGACUCAAUAUUCUUGAAGCCAGAUCAGAGCAUAAUCGGAUAAUCCUCCAACGUUUCGAGGCGUUUGCGCAUCAGCUCUACAUGACGCAUACUCCACAACUUACAAUCUUACCAAUCUUAUCCCACUUUAACUUUAUCCGAGCUUUGCUGGCCAACAUCGACGUCUUGGGUCUCUCGUCCGAGCAGAUGGACGACGACAUUCUAUCGCCGUUUAAUUUGCCGGACUCUCAUCAACCCAGUACCUCAACAGCACUUGUGGCACGACUUCCAGACGGGCUACGACCAACGGAUCUUCAAUGCGCCACAUUGCAUCACCCAUGGAUUGAUGUGCUCCCUGUGCCUGAGAUGCGUGACAAUCUGUUCCGACGAGGCUUAGAUUGCUUUGAUAAGGAGGAGUUCUGCCAUGCCCUCCGCGGACGUAUUCCAGGUCACGAGCCAGGCAUGCUUGUUUGGCGUGAACCUUGGGAUCCAAGCAGUUGGGAAGUAACAGAAGCCUUUGUCAGAACCUGGGGCUGGACUAUUACUGGAUGUUGGGGCCUUCUCCGUUCCACUAAUAAGUGGCGCGCCCAGCGAGGCGAAAAGCCGCUGUUUCGUCUUCCCUCAUAA